AUGUCAAAGUUUUCUAAAACCACUAAAAAGGUCAAGCGACAGUACCGAACCAGAAUCACUGCGCCUCGUUCGGAGCCCUACAACAAAGUCGUCCAGAUCUGCCAGAAUCUGGAUUCUACUGGAAAUUUACAAGUUGAAUGCCGAGAAAACGAGCACCUUCAUUGCGAGCUUUGCCGUGACAAAACAAGGCAGUUCAAGUCUCGGGCGGCUGUUGUCCGUCAUAUCAACAAGACACACGAACCAAAGUGUCCCAAUUGCAGGAUUCCUCUGAAAUCCUGGAAGAAGGUUUCAGACCAUCAGCCAUACUGCGUGUGUCGGCCGGCAAUAGAGCUCCGACAUGGUGUUACUUACUUCGUGCUCACUGAUCUGGUGCGAUUAUGUCAGGACGACGACUGCUUCCACACUCCUCUGCAACACGGAGACUUGGUUUCUCUCCUCACUUUACUUGAAAACUAA